AGCACAUGGAGAUGGACCACAUGUCUCCCAGGCUGAGAGCCUUCCUCUCUGAACCCAUAGGAGAAAAAGAUGUCGCCUGGAUAGCCGGGAUCAGCCGUGAGCUUGCAAUCAAUUUGGUCACCAAAGGUUUCAACAAGGCCUACAUCCUGUUGGGACAGUUCCUUCUGAUGCACAAGAACGAAGCCGAGUUUCAGAAGUGGCUCAUUUGCUGCUGCGGGGCCACCGAGUGUGAGGCCCAGGAGAGCUCCAACUGUCUGAAAGAGUGGUGUUCCUGCUUCCUGUAGACCCCCUC